AUGUCCCGCCCCAGCAUCCUCGUGUACGGCGCGACGUCGUACACGGCAGUCAACCACCUCCUCCCCUACCUCGUCAACCAUCCAGAGGCCAACAAGUUUGACCUCGUCCUCGCCGGCCGAAGUGCCGAGCGUCUCCAAGCUGCCAACACGUUGAUCGGCGGCGGCAAGCGCGAGCUUAUCGUCUGCGACCUUGCCGACUUUGACGCGGUCGGCCACAUGGUGCAGCGCGCCGACCUCUUCAUCAACCUUGCGGGCGAGUACAGCACUGCGGGAUGGCAGCUGGGCCCCUAUGCAGUCAAGAAUGCCGUCCACCUCGUUGCUCAAGUCGCCCGAGCCGGCAAGAAGUACCUCGACCUCACCGGUGAGGUGUUCUGGGUCGAGAAGCAGGUCAUGAACUGGGACUUCCUCGCCGCCAAGACCGGUGCCGUCAUUGUCCCCAUGUGUGGCUUUGAGGCUGCUCCCGGCGACAUGUGCAUCUACCAGUCGCUGCGCACGCUCCAGGACCGCGCCGGCCGCAACGUCGGUAUCAAGGACACGACCAACUACUACGCCAUCCGUGGCGGCAUCUCGGGCGGUACCAUGGCGAGCGUCACCACCGUCGCUGACGCCCGCGAGCUGAACACGCACGAGUACUCGCUUCUGCGCGCCAACCUCCCCCACCCCAAGCCGUACCCCAAGCUCGUUAUCCACACUCCCGAGGUGCCCGGUGCUCCCUCGGUCGGCGGCUUCUUCAUGUUCAACACGACCAACAUUCCAUGCUACCGCCGUUCGUGGUUCCUCUCCCGCCUCGGCCCCAACGUCGUCUCCAGCACGACUGUCCACGCCGCCGACGCCGCGUGCGAGAACGAGCCUCGCCACGGAGACAACAUUCACUUCCAGGAAGGCCUGACCAAGAUGGGCGGCUUGAACAUUACGUCCACCUUCAAGGCCUUUGUGUUUUCGGCCAUUGCCCUCCUCUUUGGCGGCCUGUACAUGUACGCUGCCUGGUUCCGCUCUCUGCUCAAGCCCUACGUCCCUCCUCCCGGCACGGGCCCCAGCAUGGACGAGUGCAUCAACGGCUCGACCAAGGUCACCAACGUGUCGUUUGCCGACAACGGCCUCGUCGUCGUGACCAAGUACUCGGCCAAGGGCGACCCGGGCUACGCGCACACGUCCAAGCUGCUUACCGAGUGUGCGCUCUCCCUCAUCCUGCCCCCGCCCAAGGGCACGACCUUGCCCCCGCUCUCGCGCCGCGGCGGUGUCCUCACCCCGUCCACCGCGUUUGGCCAGGUCCUCAUCGAGCGUCUCCGCAGGACCGGCGUCGCCGCUAUCGAAAGUGAGAUUGUCAACUUUACGUCGAUCGACUCGAAGAAGGACGACUAG